AUGCCCCUCAUCUAUGGGCUAUCGGCAACGCUCGAUCAGCCCUUGGGUGCUGCGUUGAACGUGCCGAGCCGAGCAAAGGACCCAUCGUUCAACCACGAUUUGCCGGGUGCCGUGUCUAGACGCGAGAAAAAUCAAGCUGCAUGUAUUCCGCGGACAACCAUACACAGAUUGAUUAGUCACGCCGUUUCCGACGCCGGAGAUCCACCCCGAAUCGUCUUAUCUCGCUCUGGAGUUGCCGACCCCGCAGCCGAUCUUAUGCGGGAUCUUGCAGUCCCGUGUUCAUGUCAACUUCAACAUUUGCCAGAUGUUCACUUUCACAAGUCCAUGCAAUUUCAUCUUUACAAGCUAAACAAAAUCACCGCCAGCAUGUACACCGUCAAUGUGGGAGACGGGCUGGACAGCCUAGACACACCUUCCAUGAUCGUGGAUCUCGACCUCAUGGAAGCGAACAUCAAGAAGCUCUUUGACAGCCUACUUCCCACUGGCGUCAACAUCCGCCCUCACCUCAAGACAACAAAAAGCGCAGUGCUUGCUGGCAAGCUUGCCGCCGUCGGUGCCAAGGGCUGCUGCGUAGCCAAAGUGUCAGAAGCAGAAGCCAUCACAGCGGCGGGCUUCGACGACAUCCUCAUAACCUGCGAAAUCAUCGGCGCCCAGAAAGUGAAGCGUCUUGUCGAGCUAUUCAAGAAGAAUAAAAAGAUCAGAAUCGUCAUCGACAGCGAAUUCGGCGCAACGGCAAUCAACGACGCGUUAGAUGGGGCUGGUGUGGACGAGCCAAUUACCACGCUGAUUGACUUGGAUGUUGGCUUGCAUCGGACCGGCGUGGCUGCAGGCGAGCCCGCCUUAGCUCUAGCAAGACAUAUCGGAAAUUUAAAGCAUCUGAACCUUAUUGGCGUGCAAGGAUAUGAGGGCCACCUACAGCACCUUCACGACCGAGAAGAUCGAAAGAAGCAAUGCCUCGAGUCCAUGAAGACGCUCACCGAGACAGCAGAGGCUCUCCGCAAGGCAGGUUUCGGCAUCGAUGUCGUCACAACCGGCGGCACGGGUACUGCUGAGUUCUGCGUUACAGUUCCAGGAGUCACGGAGUUGCAACCUGGAUCCUUCAUCUUCAUGGAUACGGACUACCGCAAUGCGGUUGGUUCGAUCUACUCCAACAGCCUCACGAUAUUGGCGACCGUUGUCAGCAAGCAAGGCGAGCGACAGGUGACGAUUGAUACGGGGCUCAAGUCUCUGACGACUGAUAGUGGACUGGCUGAAUGCAAGGAUCGGCGCUAUGCGCACAUCAAUUUGGGAGACGAGCAUGGCUCCCUUAGCUGGGAGGAGGGAACUCCGGUUUUGGCUGUGGGUGAUAGGAUUGAAAUGGUUCCGAGUCACAUUGAUCCGACGAUUAACCUGCACGACUGGUACUAUGCCCAUCGAAAUGGUGUCAUCAAGGAAAUCUGGUCGGUCGACUCCAGGGGAAAGGUUCAAUAG